AUGUCCACACCCUCGAGUCCUCCUCUGGUCUUCGUCGUCGGCGGCACCGGCGCGCAAGGCAUUCCCGUCAUCCGCGGCCUCGUCAAAGACGGCGCCUACGCCGUGCGCUUCCUGACCCGCGACGCCACAUCCCGGCGCUCGCGGGAACUCCUCGCGCUCCCCCACGUGACCGCCGUCGAGGGCACGUUUGCGAGCGAGCAGGACCUGCGCCGGGGCCUGCGCGGCGCCCGGUACGCCUUUGUCAAUAUUGACGGCUUCAACGCCGGCGAGAAGACGGAGACGUUUUGGGCGAUGCGGGCCUACGAGCUGGCCGUCGAGGAGGGCCUCGCCUUCUUCGUGUACGGCAAUCUCGACUUUGCGUACAAGAAGGGCGGCUACGACCCGGCGCUGCGCUGCGGCCACUACGACGGCAAGGGCCGCGUCGGGGAAUGGAUCCUGCAGCAGAACAAGGCCCCCGCGGCGGCCGCGGCGGCGAAGCCUCGGAUGGGCGCGGCGCUCUUCACCACGGGCCCGUACAUGGCCAUGGCUGUCGGCGCCGGCACGCCCAUGUCGCCGACGGUCGAGGACGGCGGCGUCGUCACCUGGCGCGUGCCGCUCGGCCGCGGCGCCGUCGCCCACGUCGACCUCGACGACUGCGAGCACUACGUCCGCUGGCUGCUCGACCACCCGGAGCGCGCCGACGGCCUCGACCUCGCCGUCGCCAUUGACCUGAUCCCCUACGACGAGCUGGCGCGCGCCUUUACGCAGGUCACGGGGCGGGCCGCCCGGUACAUCGACACCGACCUCGCCGACUACUGGGCCGGCGGCGGCCCGCUCGGCCGCGGCACCGCCACCGCGGGGUACAACGCCGACGCCGCCGACCCCGCGACCAUGACGGUGCGGGACAACUUUACCGGCUUCUGGAACGUCUGGCGGCACUCGGGGGCCGACGGCGAGGGCGGUGGGGGCCUCAUUCGCCGCGACUUUGCGCUGCUCGACGAGAUUCACCCCGCAAGGAUCCGGUCCGCGCGCGAGUGGUUCCAAAAGGAGCAGGACAGGAGCGCCACGCUCGGUCUGCCGGAUCUCUGGACACGCGUGAACAACCUGCGGCCGGUGCUGAAGAUUGCGGAGGAUGGCAGGAGAGGACGGCUCUGA